AACCCAGCGGCUUUUUUGGUUUCUAAAGGAGGGCGAGUUUUAUGUGAGUUGCAUUGUGCCCUUUGUGGCGGUUCGUGGGUGAUGGCAGAGGCGCAGUAUGAAACCAAUAUUGGCAGUGAGAUGCGAAGGCCUGGUUGGAGCGAGAAGCCACCAUGCAAUCUGGCCCUAUCUUUUUUUGGUGCGUGGUCGAGCACUUGUAUCUGGACGACGAGAUCGACGGAGCCAGCAAUCAACAAAAAAAGCACCAUCACAAAGCACCACCAAACUCACCACCAAAACCAACACCAAAAAGCACCACCGAAUCCAUCAUUCAAAAAAUUCAUCAGACGUUUCUUGAUUUCGGCUCCCUCACUUAUAUGAAGGGUACACUGUCAAGAUCGUCUGAUAACGCGCGUCGGCAGUUGCCUCAACGGCCCCAAUUAGCCAGGCUGUCAAAAACACAGCGCAAUAGCAAAACACAGCACAAUAGCAAAACAAAACAAAGGCAAACAACACAAAGCCACAACAACACAAAGGCAAAACAACACAAAGACAAUUCAAUACAGAGGUAAUUCAACACAGAGGCAAAAUUACAGCGUGCUUUUAAUUCGAAGUGCACCCGGAAAGACCUGGACAUGGGAUAUGGCUCGGGCUGGCCGCGCAGCUUCC